AUGGCGGACGGCACGAUGUCAUCGAAGUUUAUGAAGAGCGCCUUCGUAGGAUGGACCUUCACUGCUGGCGUGUACUACCCACCCGACUUCGAUGCCUCGAAGUUGAUGCCCGUCAAGGCCUUGAAGCCCAAGGGCCCCCAGAUGAUGAACAUCCGAAUGAUGUUCCCGUUUACCAUGGUCUGCGACUCAUGCAAGGAGUACAACUACACAGGUACCAAGUUCACGGCCAAGGUCGAGCAGAUCAAGCGCGAGAGCUACCUUGGGCUGAAGGUGUACCGGUUCUACGGUAGAUGCAGACACUGCUGGUCCGAGUUCACCUUCAAGACAGACCCAAAGAAUUCCGACUAUACCAUGGAGUCGGGUGGCAAGCGCACCUACGAGGCUUGGAAGGAUGCUGAUGCCAUGGAGUCCCAGCUCAAGCAAGAGAAGGAGAAGGAAGCGGCUCAGGAUCAGAUGAAGGCGCUCGAGCAGAAAGCUGUGGACGUUCAGUCGGAGAUGCAGCGCCUCGAGGACCUUGAUGCCAUCCGAACAAUGAACAAAAGGCUGGGCAACCGCGACGCAAGCAUCCAGGGGGCUUUGGACUACCUCUUCAAGCAGGAAGAGGCCCGAAGUGCAGACGAGGAGAAGCUGUCCAAGGCAGAAAUGGAGGAGCUGAAGGGCUUCAAAGAGGAGAAGGAGCAGGAGGCCAAGAGGAAGUUGGAUGAGGAGCUGGAUACCUCGGAGCCUGCAGAGUCCUCAAGCUCCGCGGCCGCGAAGGCGCCCAAGGCGACUCAAGUAGGCUCCGCGAUCCUCUCCGCUGUCGCAGAGCGGGCCACGGCCACUGCCCAGGCUGCAAAAGCAAAGCCGAAGUUCACAGUGAAGGUGAAGCGAAAGGCGAACGAUGACGCUGCUGGAAAUGGUCCCGAGAUUCCAGACAGCAAGAGGCCCUGUGCUGAUGGGGAUGAUGCCCCAGGGCCACCGGCGCCAGCGACCAGCUCAACGGAAACCUCCACAGCGGCCGGCAGCGGCCUCCUGGGAGCUUACGCGGACAGCGAAAGCUCCUGA